AUGUCGGAUCACGCCAACACAAGACUUGCCAAGACCAGGGCCGCUGCGAACAUCGCCUCACACACCGGGAUAUCGAAAAUUAAACCAUCCCCUAACAGCGAUAAAAAUCGGACGGACAACCGGCAUACGGACUCUAAGAUUGACCCCAAACAAGAAACCAGACCUUUACGCACCAUCCAAUCCGACCAGGUGAGGAACUUGGCGACAUACACAGUUGCGAUCGCCGAGAUAGCUCACCUAACCCGUUUUCUAGUGACUACAGACAAAGCCCUCCGCAAACAAGACAAGGAGGAAAUAGUAGAUCUGAUGGCAGAGAUAGAUAAACUAAGCACCAAACAGCUGCCUGAUAUAAUAGAGAAGAUUAAAACUAACAACACUGAAACUACCGAAAUGGACAGGGAUAACAAUACAUCAAUAAUGGACACAUAUAAGACUGAAAUUAUUAACACUGUAAAACAGGAACUGGACAAGCACCUACAAGCGAUAAAUGACAAUACCGAAAAACAAACUAAGAUCAUCGAAAAGAUACAGCAACAACAACAACACUCGCGACCCAUUUAUCCCUACACAUACAGCGCCGCGGCCGCGAGGCCCGCGCCCACAUCAACACCAACAACCACAACAAGCACCCGACUACACACCGGCAUGAACGGCCACCCAAUAGAGCGAGUCGCACCGACAACAAACCGUCCAGCCAUAAUAGUCACUCCUAAAAACCAAGUUCAAAUUUUUGUUUCGCACCCGACUGUAUGGAGGCGAGUUGUGGAAAUGGGGAGGGUCUGCGUGGAUCACCAGAGGGUUCACGUCGAGGCCUUCUCCCCGUUCCUACAAUGUUUCCGCUGCCUGCAGUUUGGCCACACACAGGCCAAAUGUGCCGCCGAUACACCACACUGUGCACACUGCGCCCAACCCGGACACACUAUGGAUUGCUGCAACACGAUCAAUUACACUCUACACUUCUUAAGAUCAAUACAAGGAAACCCAGUCGUGUUAGGAGGAGACUUUAACGGGUGGCACACCGACUGGGGCAGCAGGAAAACUAACAGACGCGGAGAAAUAAUAAGUGAAUUAGCCACUUGCACAAACUUACACCCGUGCAAUACCCCACUAACACCUACAUUCAUCACCACUACACACCACCAAAUUAGAUAUUCGACAAUAGACGUCACCUUCGUAUCGGACUGCCUAUGGGAUUCGGUACGGAGGUGGCGGGUUGAUUCAGAAAUAUGCUCUUCAUCACAACACAAAGCAAUCGUUUUCGGCAUCAAUCUGGGACUCGGCGGUAGCAACAACACCACACAACCAAAUAUACAAACCACUUUCCGCUACAAAAGCGCCAACGCCCACUGGGGCAGCUUUCGGGACUCCCUACUUACCAACCUAACGAGAGCCAAUGUAGCGGACAUAAAUAUACAAGAUCUCGAUAGCGAGGGACUUGAAGCCCUUAUCGAGGAAGUUACCCAACAAAUACACACUGCUUGUCGAGAGUCCAUGCCGGUAAAACAGGAAGGCGCCAAACACAGGCCCCCCUGGUGGACAGAGGCAUUGGACUCUCGCAAAGCUUCAGUUGUACAAUUACACCGACAAAUACACAGCGCCAUUAGGAACGGGGAACAGACGGACUCCCUGGCCGGGAGGCUGCGAACUGAAAAGGCGCAAUACGCCAGCGAAAUACGGGCGGCGUCUUGCGAAAACUUUCGCAAGUUCUGCGAACUCCAGACCGGGGAGAACGUCUGGUCCCUAACCAACAGAUUGCUAAAGGACGCGUCGCCUCGUCGACCACCGGUCACUGUUAGGAUUGGGGACCGAUACACCGAAGAAGGGGCGGAGACAGCCAAGGCGCUCCUUGAACACUUUUACCCUGACGAUGGUCCGGACACCGAACCUAGACACACCUUAUUACGUACGACACAAUACACAACACCUAACACACCAGACGACCCGCCUUUUUCCUGCGAAGAGGUGCUAGAAAACCUAGAGACUAUGAAUCCCAAGAAAGCCCCGGGUCUGGAUGGGUUAACUGCAGACAUUUGUCUGCAGUUUGCACAGACAUACCCGGACCUAAUUACUAAUAUACUGAACCGAUGCCUAGAACUGAAACACUUCCCCAAACAGUGGAAAGAGGCGUUUGUGAAAAUAAUUCCUAAACCCAGCAAGUCGGAUUACUCUGACAUCGGGGCCUUCCGCCCGAUCGGUUUGUUGCCCGUCUUCGGCAAACUGUUGGAGCGGCUUUUUAUCAAAAGAGUCAUCUACAGGGCGUCCGGGAGCAAUCACAUGAAUAAUAAACAGUUCGGAUUUCGUGAGCAAACUAACACAAUAUUAGCGCUACACACAGCUCUCGAGCUCAUCAGGGAGGCGAAGAAGGAGAACCACCUCGCCGUCGCGGUGUCUUUAGACAUCAAGGCGGCGUUCGACAAUGCCUGGUGGCCGGCGCUCAUGCACAGACUCAGGGAGACCAAAUGCCCGAACAACAUCUUCGGGCUUAUUACAAGCUAUAUUACCGAUCGCGCGGUCACUCUGAGUCAUGCGGGGGCGCGGGUAACUAAGGGCAUGUCCAAAGGGUGCAUUCAAGGGUCCACUUGUGGGCCUAUCCUUUGGAACCUCAUCCUGGAUGAGCUUCUCGACAAAACACUUCCUCCCGGAUGCCACCUGCAGGCUUAUGCGGACGAUGUGCUGCUGGUCGCUACUGCGGCUGACGAACACACACUGACGCAAAACACCAACCAGGCCCUAGGCAUCAUCGCUGACUGGGGGAGGAGCGUCAAGCUAACGUUUGGCGCCCCGAAAACCCAAGCAAUUGCCUUCACACCCCGGGCCAAGUCUGCGGGUCUUGUCAUGGACGGGCAUCGAAUCGUUUUCGGGCGGGAGAUCAAGGUGCUCGGGGUGAUCAUCGAUGAAAAGUUAACAUUUCACAAACACAUACAAUACGUAAUAGAAAAAACCAGAAAAAUUUUUAAUAAAUUGUGUCUAUACAUCAAACCUACCUGGGGGGCCCACACGGACAACGUGAAGACAAUUUAUAAACACGUCAUCGAGCCAAUAGUUACCUACGCGGCGGGUAUAUGGGGGCAGGCGGCGCUCAAAAAAGUGAAUAGCAAAUUAUUAUUGAGCAUGCAGCGCGGAUUUGCCCUCAAGGCAAUCCGAGCAUUUAGAACAGUAUCAACCACUGCUGCCUUAGCACUCGCACAAUUCACCCCACUAGACUUAAAGAUACAGGAAAUAUAUACAUUAGAAAGAACACGACUUACCGGCACCACACCAUACCUACCUGAUGACAUUGGACUGGAAACACCAACGCCUCCACAUCUACUACUACACCCUUCCGAUCGAAUUUCUAUCACAUGCACAUCGCCUCCUGGCAGGGAAUCAACACACACAUACACGGAUACUGACACAAAUACUGACACUGAAACUCACACUCAACAACAGUGUAACACUUACCAUCACAUUUAUACAGACGGAAGUAAGCAAGACGACGGCAGGGUAGGAGCCGCCUUCGUGUGUUUUGAUCCGGGAGGGAAAGUCAUUGCGACACGCAAGAUAAAACUUCAUGGGUGCUGCACGGUCUUCCAGGCGGAGCUGCUCGCCAUCCAACACGCGUGCCGGUGGGUUCUUGACCACAGAUAUAAUCAAACAUACAUACACUCUGACUCACAAUCAGCCUUAUUAUCAUUAAAAAUCCGCAGCAACACUCAUCCAAUUGUAACACACAUUCACCGCAUGGUGCAUGAAUAUCAGAAGAUAGGCACCAUAAACUUUUCCUGGGUCAAGGGCCACGCGGGCAUUGCGGGCAAUGAGAUGGCGGACGGGGCGGCCAGGGAGGCCUGCAACUUGCACAAAUCCCCAGACUACUGUCGCUUUCCGCUGUCUUACGCCAAAGGACUGGCGCGUGGCUCCUCCAGGGAGGCCUGGCAAGCGAGGUACGACCAAGCCGAACAGGGCAGACGCACGUGGGCGCUCCUGCCCAGCCUAGAACAAAUCCCUUGCAAACGUCGUCGUCGACGCCAUGACUACGUCGUCACACUUCGGCAGGGAUCGGCAGUUUCCGACGCUACAAUCGCGUCGGGAUUCGUCUGCGUCGAAGACGGUGUGUGGAUUGGCCCUCGCCUCAGCCUGUCGUCGCGCCGCAUGCCUGAAGCGGCGUCAUCAUUGGACCGUCGCCGCCCCCCUGCCGUUCAUUCAUGCUGCGUCGGCGCUCAGCUGGUCGAGGAUAUAACGGCAUCGAUCAGCUGA